AUGGACCUUUCUCCAAAAUUUGUAGCAAUUGUGAUUGGUAUUUUGUAUCUGUGGAGUGUUGCUGAUAGUGUUCCCAAUACCAACAUCACAAAAGUUCUCUGCAACGGUGGCGUGUACACAUCAGGGGACCCUUUUGCUAUUAGUUUAAACUAUGUUCUUGAAGACUUAGAGACAGAAACUCCAACCCAAAAAAAUUACGAGUACCAUAACAUUUCGCCUUAUCCUAAUGCCUUUGCCUAUGGACAUGCUGCUUGCAACCUCAAUCUAACAUCCUCUGACUGCAAAACUUGUCUUGGUGUUGCUAAAAGGUCCUUAUUCAGCACUUGUCAGACACCACGGAUAGGGGCUCGUUCAAUGCUCCAUGAUUGCACAAUCAGGUACGAGCAAUACCCGUUUGACGAUUAG